GUGUCACAACAGCUCGAGCUCAAAUCCCUUCAUUCUCUCGCUGGAUUCACACUGAGACUGGGAAACUUACAGACAUCAGCCAAACCAACACAGAGUAAUGAACCCAGAACACACAGAGUCCGAUGAACCACCUGCUGAUCAAGAGCUGAGGAUGGUGUUGAUUGGAAGAAGUGAAGCUGGAAAGAGUUCAAUAGGCAAUGUAAUACUGGGUCGAGAGGCGUUUAAAGAGAGCAGAACCCGAGAGAGUGAGAAACAGACAGGAAGAGUAGAAGACAGAAACAUCUCCAUCAUCGACACGCCAGGAUUCUUCAACACUCAACUGGCUGAUGAAGAGAUGAAGAAUGAAAUGAUGAAGAGUCUGUAUCUCUCUGAUCCUGGUCCUCACGUGUUCCUGCUCGUCAUCAGACUCGACAGAUUCAUCGAAGACGUGGUGAAGAUCGUAAAAAAGAUUUAUGAGCACUUCGGAAAGGACGCUUUCAGGUUCACCAUGGUGCUGUUCACGGGAAGAGAGGCAAUGUCCAAACGAGAAUGGAUUGAGUUCAGGCUGGACAGAAAAACUCGAGAACUGCUGAGCUUCUGUGAAGAGAAGUGUCACGUGAUCAUUCAUAAAAACAAGAGAGACAGGAAGCAGAUCGCGAGCCUGUUGGAGAACAUUGAUGAAGUGGUGAGGAAGAAUGGACGAGAACAUUAUACUAAAGAGAUCUACGUGAAGAACAGUCAAGAGGAGAUGAGGACGAAACGAAAAGAUGGAAAAGAGAAGAUCAGUCUAGACGCGCAAAUAACAAGCCAAGAGAAAGAGAAGAACAGAGAAGACGACAACAGAGCAGAGGAGCAGAUCAGAGAUGAAGAAACAGAAAACAGUGUUCAGAAAGACCAAAGAGCAACAAAUGAGAGAGAAAAAGGCUCUCCAGAAGGAAAUCAAAGCGACCAAACAUAUGAAACAAGUUUGAUCGGGCAGGAGAUGAAAACGACACCAGAACAUAAUUCAAUAAAAGUGUCUGAUCUGAGGAUUGUUCUUCUGGGUAAAAGUGGAUCAGGAAAGAGCUCCACAGCGAACACCAUCCUGGGCAGAGAUACGUUCAAAAUCAACACGAGUCUCCCAUCAAGCAGUCAAACCUGUGAGAAACAAGAAGCAGGUGUUUUUGGAAGAAAUAUCUCAGUGAUCGACACUCCAGGACUGUUUGAUCCAUCCAUGACGAGAGACCAAAUGCAGGCCGAAAUACAAAAGUGUGUGGAGAUGACGGAUCCUGGUCCUCAUGCGUUUCUGCAGGUCAUCAGACUGAGCGAUAGAUUCACAGAUGAAGAGAAAAACACAGUGAAAUGGAUUCAGGAGAACAUCGGAGAAGAUGCUUUACGUCACACCAUCAUUCUGUUCACUCACGCUAAUCAGCUGAAGGGAAAACCAUUAGAUGAGUUUAUCAGAGACACUCCAGAUCUUCAGGCGUUUACUGAGGGUUUUGGUGGCAGAUUUCACUCAUUCAACAAUAAAAACAUCGAGAACCGCUCUCAGGUCUCUGAACUGCUGGAGAAGAUUGAGAAGAUGCUGGAGAGAAAUGGAGGGAAGCACUGCACUAAUGAGACAUUUGUGAAAUAUCAGGAAGAUAUUGACAGCGGGAAAGAGGAGAAAGUCAAAGAAAACCCGCUAAACUGGUGGAAAGGAGUGCUUGUUUUUGUCGUAGGAGCGCUAGCAGCUGCAGCAGUAGUUAAAAGUGGACUUGAAGGAUGAAGAACAUCUGGAACAACAACAGCAAAGCAAUACCAACAAACAGCUGGGAAAUCCUUUUUUAAUUGUCUUCAACAGAUUCUAACAAUAAUAGUGGAUUUCUAUAAUAUAUAAUGUAUUUUUCCUAAUUAUUUAUUAGGCUGGACCUAAACAUUUUAUUGCUCAUCAAACAUAACAAGAAUGUUAAAAAUGUUAUAUGAUUUCAGACUAAAAAUAAAGGAAAAAUGUUUUAAUUUUGCAAUUCCCAUUGUCAGUAAUCGUCAAUUAAAGUAGCUUUC